GUAUAAAUAGGGCGGCCGGCGGGCGGGAGCGCACUAUUCUGGGCGAGCUGCGGGCAGUGCGGGUGGGAGCUGGCAGGCGCCAUGGAGCGGGUGCUGAAGGGGCAGGUGCUGGUGCUGGUGCUGGUCCUGGUGGCGCUGGUCGGCCUGUCUGAGGCCAAGGAGGCGCCCAAAGUGCAGGUGUAUUCCCGUUACCCUGUCGAGUUCGGCACCAAGAACUUCCUCAACUGCUACGUUGAGGGCUUCCACCCUCCAAAGAUUAACAUCACCCUUCUCAAGAAUGGAGAACCCAUGCCGGACGUGAAAUACUCUGACAUGUCCUUCAGUGACAACUGGACUUUCCAGUGUCUUGUGUCUGCACCCUUCAUCCCCAGGGAAGAUGAUGAUUACACCUGCAGGGUGGCCCACGUCACCCUCCCAGAGCCGCAGACCUUCAAAUGGGAUCCAGAGUUCUAAGCUGUACUUGGGAUCACUGUGUGCAGGUUUGAAGACUUGCAAGAUGAAAUGAGCUUAAGCUUCUGUCCUUUCUUCAUGUCCCACUUGCAGUUGUAAUGGAGAAGCGGAAUCAUCCUGAUCUCGCACAAAAUUCCUUCUUUAUAGAAUGCUAUCUGCUAGGGUUAAAAUUUCUAGCAUGAACUCGCUGGAUUAUAUUCCUUGCUGCCUUCGCUGUGGAAUUAAAAUGCCGAGGAAUUGAGAGGAAAAGCUUGCAGAGGGCUCUAUGCCCUUGAGGCACGUGGCAGAUGGUCUGCAAACAUAGUAAUGCUAUUGAAGCUGCUCUGAACUGGCCGUUAUGGUGGAGAUCCAAAAUGAAUUGAUUGGCGGGGAAUCUAAAUUUUGUAAAAUAGUUUGCCUGUUCUGGAAGAUAUGUGAUGUGAUUUCAUACUGCUCAAACUUAACAGCCCUGCUCAGUUGUAGUAUCUGCUUGCCCUAACAGUUUUAGCUGCAGCCACAGCUGUCUGGGUUGGUGUGAGCCUUUUUAAUGAAAAGCUUUAAUAGUCGUUCUUGAAACCUUACCCUUUAUUACAGACAGUGUAAUAGGCAUUCUUUGAGCACAUUACUAUGUAUCUACAUUGCUAUACGCUAUAAAAAGUAUUUGUACAAUUCAGACCAUUAAAAGGAUAUUUUAUCUAAAUAUAAUUGGAAAACUUCAGCGAA